ACUUUUAGUAAAACCUAAAACUGAAAUAUCGUUGCAGUGGAGCAUGGCAUGUUCAGCUUCAACACAACUUCCAUAGCUACUGGGUGACAUUCAUAUAUAUAUAUAUAUUGUUGCGUUCAUAUGUUUGAUGCACUUCCUGCUCUCGCGGAAGUGACGAACGUAUGCGUAAACUCGAGCAAAAACAUGCACAUGUGAGAGCUGCGUGGCGAGUAACCAACAUUUACUUCAAAUACACUUCACUGUCGACGUGAAGAAAGAACUAGGGCGCGAAGUAUGAAUGAGCAGGGACACUAUCCUCCACCAGACUUCGGCUGUCCGCCUCCAAAUACCAUCCAACAUUUUCAGCAGAAGCCGCACGCGAGCAGCUUCCACCCCGGCAUGUGGAGCUGGGGCGAGACGUCCUCCGAGCCCCCCAGGGACUACAGCGGCCAGGCGGGAUGGCACCACGGGACAACGGCAGAGUUUGGACAGAAACGUCCACACGGUCAAAACUUUGGUCGCGAAUGGCACAGAGGUGGGAGACAGAGUUAUGGAGCCCCCAACAAUCAAGGGAAAAAGCAGAAAAACAAGAAGGAACCCGAGUACUCCCAUUUUUGCGACACGUGUGACCGCGGCUUCAAACACCAGGAGAAGUACGAAGAGCAUGUUUCUCAACACGUCACGUGUUCUGUGCCAGACUGCAGCUUCAUGGCUCAUGAAAAGCUAGUCACCAUCCACUGGAAAAACAACCAUGCACCGGGCGCUAAAAGGAUCAAGCUGGACACACUGGACGAGAUUACGAAAUGGAGAGAGGCGAGGCGCAAAAACUAUCCAACACUUCAGAAUAUGGACAAGAAGAAAAAAGUGAUGGAGGUGCGGGAGGAGACAGGAGCCGUUCUGGAGACGGCUCAGUUUGGGCGGAUGAGAGGCAGAGGGCGGGGUCGAGGUCGUGGCCGUGGCAACAGAGGGUCCCAUGGGCGUCACCCUCAGGACCCUCACCCAUCGGACAGCAGUGCCACAGAGAGACCUCCGCCCCACACCCAGCCGUGCAGGGACUGGGACCCACUGGGAGCGCUGGCCAGCAGCGAUCAUGAUUCCGAUCGAGAGGAGCUGGCCCCUGAGUCCAUGCCGGGUUUCCUGGUUGUGGCUCCUAAACAGAUGAGCUCAGCUCUAGGCUCCCUGGUGGCCAACUACGGCUCCAUGAGUGAAAGUGAUGAGGAACCAGAAGCCACCCCUAUCCAUAGAGCCAAAGACCUUGUGCAAGAAAACCAGGCUUUUCUAAACACAAUACUACAAAAGUCUCAGAACAGAGGACCCUCGGGGGGCCCGGAAACCUCUUCACAGGUUACAGAGGCCCUUCAUACUCCUAACGACAGAAGAGGAAGAGGACGAGGAGGCAGAGGGAGAAGGGGCGGUAGAGGAGGAUACCAAGAUACACUGCAGACGACACGUCCCACUCUACUCGAGAUGUUACUGGCCCCAGAUAUCCGCCACGAGAGGAAUGUCCUCCUACAGUGUGUGCGCUACGUUGUCCGAAACAACUUCUUUGGCCUGGAGAGCAGACCUGAGGACCAGAGGGGGGUAAAGGAUAAAGUCCCACCAGCGAUCUCAGCCGGAGAGCGAGCAGGGAGGCCGGAAAGGUCGUCGGAUAAAGCCACGUCUUGGUUUCCCUCUCUGGUUGGUGCACAGAGAAGUUCAGCAGAAGUUAUUUAUUUGGAGGAGUUAGAAACAGGUAAUGCUGUUCUCGUUGACCAGUAUUUGCAUACGCGCUCAGAACCUUCUCAGGUUCCUCCUGCAGACUCAGCAGCAAGCGCGGAGCCGGUUACAGGACAUUUCAUCCAAAAUGCUGAAGAGACCACUGUGAAAGACGGGCUCUGUUUGACGGGCACAGACGAAAUCAGAUCUACCUCUUAUACUUACGAUGAUGAAGUAUGGGAGAGUCCCGAUUCUGUUAUGUCCGAGCAAAUUACUGAACUGGAUUGAUUAUUUUGUUCUGAAGCAUGAAAGUGAAACCGAAACCUGUCUUUCGAAGGGUGAUGUUAAUACUUUAAGAAAAGUUAUUUUUCAAGGACUAUUAUUUUUGAUGUGAUGUUAGUUUGACUAACUAUAUCCAGUUGUAUUUUUGGUAACAUGGUAAUGAAUAAAUAUUUUUUUGUUCUUAUAAAUUAAAUCGCAAACUAUUCUAGUCGUACAAAUAUUUGUUUACUUAUAUUUUAAGCUUCAUUUCUGGAUCUGUUUAUGAUUUACAACGUGUAUUUUUUUUUUGGUUCGAAAACGAAAGGAAACCCGUGUUAUGCUCUUUUAUUAUAUCAUAUUUGCAGUAACCAAAAUCACAACGUAAACAUUUGUUGAGUAAAGGCCAGAAGAUGAGAUUUUAGACUGCGUUAACGUCACACCAAUGAUACAAACUGUGAAAUAAAUUAUUUUUAGGAAACUCAUCAGCUUUUUGAAUAAUGAUACCAUGUAUUGACACUCGUGGUGUAAAGAACAAUAAAGUCCUCCUUAAUAAGCA